AUGACUGGUGAUCGUAAUAUUAAUCGAAAACAUGUCAAUUACAGAAAGGCAGGGAAAAUCAAAAAGAAACUUCACAAAUAAUAAAUCAAAAAGGCUGCCCUCUCAAACAAGACCACUUAACCCAAAAGCAUUGAAGAAAUGACCAAGAAAGAUCGCAGAGAACUCGCAAAAAAAUAAAAAAAAUUAGAUAAGAAAUAGAAAAAGCGUGAAUUAAAAGAAGCUGCUUAGAAAGAAAUUGAGGAAGAACUGUGA